AUGGCGAUGCUCCACCCAAAGCGUUGGACUCAGAUUUUCCCGCCAGCACCUACGUUUGGGGUGAAGGAUUUGGGGCUCAAGAAAGGACAUGUCUUCAUAGUGACCGGUGGAAAUCAGGGGGUUGGCUUCGAGCUAUGCAAGAUGCUUCGGGGCACCGGAGCGACUGUGUAUAUCGCCUCACGAUCCAAGCAACGGGUUGAUAUAGCCAUCGAGACGCUUAGAUGUAUAGAGCCCGAGCCCGAGUACCUGACCAUCUUUAAGCCGCUUCUACUCGACCUUAAUGACUUGAACUCGGUCCGAACCGCAGCAUCCGAAUUUGCCGUGCAGGAGAACCGCUUAGAUAUCCUCUGGAACAACGCAGGCAUCGGUGCCGACGCCGUGCCCGUCCAGUCAAAGACGGCACAGGGCUUGGAAAAAUUCGUUGGGAUGCACUGUGUUGCGGCGCUCCUAUUCACACAGCUCCUUCUCCCCCAGCUCCAACACGCAGCGAAACUUUCCCAUCCAGGCGCCGUCCGCGUUGUGUGGCUGUCAAGUAUCAUGGCUGAGUCCCACGUUCCUGCGGAGGGCAUCGAUUUCAAGAUGUUAGCUACAGGAUGUCCGAAUGGGAGGCGUAACUACGCCAGGUCGAAGGCUGGAAACUGGAUUCUGGCCCAUGAGUACGCUCGCAGGUAUGGUCAGCACGGGAUUAUUAGUGUUGCUGCAAACCCGGGCAACCUCAAGACGAAUGCGUUCCAAGGUGCCCCGUCGAAGUUUAUGGCUGUGGCGGACCGCUUGUUCCUUUACGAUCCGAAAUUUGGUGGGUACACAGAGCUUUAUGCUGGCUUCUCGCCAGAGAUAACUCUCGAGAACAAUGGUGCGUACAUUCUUCCUUUCGGCAGGGUACAGCCCGAGGAACAGAUCGGCAGGCCGGACAUAUUGGCGAAGUUGAAAUCGGAGGAGGAUAAUCUGGGUGACAAUUUUUGGAAAUGGUGCGAAGAUCAGGCGAAUCGGGCAGUAACAACGGGGGCGUGA